AUGGACGAGAAGAAUGUCAUCAUCGUCGGUGCCGGGGUGGCGGGCAUAGCUAUGGCACAUACAUUGAAGCACAAGCUUGGCGUCACGGACUUUGAGAUCUAUGACAAGAGCGGCGGCAUUGGAGGGACUUGGAGAGCGAACACUUACCCUGGGUGUGGUUCGGAUGUGCCAGUACAUUUGUAUUCAUUCAGCUUCAAUCUCAACCCCGACUGGACCCAUGCGUUGGCCGAUCAAGAAGAGAUCUUGCGUUACAUUGAGGCGACUGUGGACAAGUUCGAUCUGCGAUCGCACUUUCGUCUCCGACAGGAGUGUUCCGGAGCCAAGUGGGACGGCAAACAGUGGAUCGUCUCCUUCGUUGACCACAACACUGGCCGAACGACUACCAAGCGAUGCCGGAUCCUCCUGACCGCAGUUGGCGGCUUCUCCAGGCCCAGACGAACGAAGUUCCCUGGAAUGGAGGGGUUCAAGGGCAGGAUCUUUCACACUGCCGAGUGGGACCAUUCCUUUGACUAUACUGGCAAGCGGGUUGCAGUCAUUGGGAAUGGGUGCAGCGCUGCACAAGUCGUGCCAUCAAUUGCACCGGCAGUUCAGAGUCUCACACAGUAUGCCCGAAGCCCACAAUGGUAUCACGAGCGGCCUAACCGGACCUUCUCAACGUUCGACAAAUUCUGCUUUCGUUAUUUGCCGCUCUGGCAGCGAUGGCACCGCCUUGAUCUCUUCCUCCAAACCGACGAACUAGCUACUGUCUACGGCCCCAGCGAAGAGCAGGUCCGAAAGCGAAGAGCGAUCGAAGAGACCGCACGCCAGUACAUCUACAGGGAAACGCCCAAGAAGUAUCACUCGAUCAUUGUGCCAGACUUCCCGCUCGGCUGCAAGCGGCGCAUCUACGAUCCCGGCUAUCUGGAAUCCUUACACCACGAGCAUGUCGAACUUCUUCCAGAAGGUCUGCAAAGAAUGACCGAGAAUGGAAUCGUCAGCGAGAGUGGGGACGAAAGGGAGUUCGAUGCCAUCAUACUUGCCACAGGCUUCGAAGUUUCGGCCUUUCUCACGCCAAUGAAGAUCAUUGGCAAGAAGGGACAGUCGCUCGAGCAUCAAUGGCAGGAGAACAGAGGGGCACAGGCUUACAUGGGAUCUUUCGUUCACAAUCAUCCCAACCUUGCUGUACUCUUUGGGCCAAACACAUUCCCGGCAUUCAAUUCUGUCAUUUAUUCGAUAGAGGUUCAAGUGGAAUACAUUGCACGGACCUUGAUCGAACCCAUUAUGGACGGGUACUCAGACGUCAUCGAAGUCAGGCAGGAAGCGGAAGCCAAGUCUAUCCGAGAGUUGGAUGAGGUCUUGCAGACCACCGUCUUCGCCGCGGGCUGCAGUAACUGGUACAUCAACAAGGCAGGAAGGAAUUCGGCAGCGUGGCCCGGUCUUGCAUCGUCGUACUGGAAAGCCACCUUCUUCACGAAAUGGCAGGACUUUACGAUGGAAGGAGGGUCGAGCACCUGGCUCGUGAAGCAGGGGUGGAGGCGUCUGAAGUACGCUGGCUCUCACGUGCUUCUAUAUGUGGUUGCGACAGCGGCCGCAGCGUACACAUUCCAGCGACCUGCUGUGUUGUCUGCUCUGGUCUCCGGCUGA